AUGGUUUUAGAUGCUGCCGGUCCUCAGUUUAACAAUGAGAACAUGGAUGAGCCACCGCAUCCUGAUGCGCAGAAACUUUAUGAUAUGCUAAAUGCUGCUGAUAAUGAGUUGUGGCCUGGUUGCAAGAAACAUUCACAGUUGUCAUAUGUGGUUCGACUAAUGAGUUUGAAAGCAGAGUUUCAUUGGCCUGAGAAAUGUUAUGAUCGAGUCACAGAACUGAUCAAAGAAGGGUUUCCAAGUGAUGAUGACUUAUUGCCAAAUAGCUUUUAUAGCACAAAAAAAUUAUUGCGUGGCAUAGGAUUACCGGUUGAAAAAAUUGACUGUUGUCCAAAUAAUUGUAUGAUUUUUUGGCGAGACGACAGUUUGUUACACACAUGCAGACAUUGUGGCGAAUCACGCUUUCAAGACCAAAAUGUUGGUUCUAUAGCGGAUAAAAACAAACAGGUGGCUAAAGCAAAGAUGUAUUAUUUUCCUCUGACUCCUCGAUUGCAAAGACUAUAUGCAUCCAAAGCCACAGCUGAAGAAAUGCGUUGGCAUUCUUCAUCUACUGAUGAUGGAGUUAUGCGACAUCCAGCAGACUCUCCUGCGUGGAAGCACAUUAACAAUACAUUCCCCGAAUUUGCUUCAGAUUGCCGUAAUGUGCGAUUAGGACUUUCAACGGAUGGGUUUCAACCAUUUGGCCAAUCAGGGAAACAGUACUCCUCGUGGCCAGUUAUCUUAACACCUUACAAUCUUCCUCCUUGGCUAUGUAUGAAGGAACAUUUCAUGUUCCUCACAGUGUUAGUUCCCGGGCCGCGUAAUCCUAAAGAUAAGUUGGAUGUUUUUCUACAACCAUUAAUAGAUGAACUGAAACAAUUGUGGGAAGUGGGUGUGCCUACCUAUGAUAUUUCAUUGAAGCAAAAUUUUCAAAUGCGAGCAAUUUUGAUGUGGACCAUAAGCGAUUUUCCAGCAUAUUCUAUGUUGUCUGGAUGGAGUACAGCUGGAAGAUUAGCUUGUCCUCAUUGCAUGGAAAACACUGAUGCGUUUACUUUAGAGAGAAGUGGUAAACAAUCAUGGUUUGACAAUCAUCGAAAAUUCUUACCUACUAAUCAUCCAUUUCGAAAGAAUAAAAAAGCAUUCCGUAAAAACACGAUGAUCCUAGAUGGCCCACCAGAACCAAAGUCAGGAGAAGAAAUCUUGAACGAGAUAGAUACAUUAGGUUUGGUAAGAGUGAUGGAUGACUUCAAUGACAUGAACAAGAUUGUCUCAAGUCGUGCUAGAUCUGGAUGGAAGAAAAGAAGCAUCUUCUGGGAUCUCCCUUACUGGAAGGAACUAUUGAUUCGACAUAAUUUGGAUGUAAUGCACGUUGAAAAAAAUGUCUUUGAUAAUGUAUUUAAUACCGUGCUUAACGUCCAAGGGAAGACUAAGGACACAUCAAAGUCGAGAGAAGAGCUCGAUAAAUAUUGUGCCAGACCUGAAUUAAAGCGUAACGAGGAGACUGGGAAGUUUCCAAAAGCUUCAUACACCCUUGACAACCGUGAAAAGAAAGUCUUGUGUGAAUGGGUCAGAGGUCUUCGAUUUCCAGACGGAUAUGUGUCUAAUAUGGGUAGAUGUGUUGAUUUGAGGAAGCUAAAGAUGUUUGGAAUGAAAAGUCAUGAUUGUCAUGUGUUCAUGCAACGCAUACUACCUGUUGCGUUUCGUGAACUUCUUCCUCAAAAUGUUUGGAAGGCUAUCACAGAGUUAUGUCUAUUUUUCAAGGACUUGACGUCUAGAGCAAUAAGAAUUGAAGAUAUGGGUAGGCUAAGUGAUAACAUUCCAAUAAUUUUGUGCAAUCUUGAACGUAUUUUCCCACCUAGUUUCUUUGACUCAAUGGAGCAUCUGCCAGUUCAUUUAGCCGAUGAAGCUCGUCUUGCUGGGCCAGUUCAGUUUCGAUGGAUGUAUCCAUUUGAGAGAUUGUUUGAAGAUGAAAUGAUAAGAUCAAAUCCAAGGCUAUCACAUUCUGAGUUAGGAAAUCUUGUUGACACACAAUUUGCUGAUUGGUUCAAAAGAUUUGUAAGAUGUCAGCCACCGAAUGAUGUGAACAAAUAUAUCCAGGAUCUUUCCAAAGGACCUUUGUUAGAGGUUAAAACAUAUCAUGGAUAUGUUAUUAAUGGGUAUAGAUUUCAUACACUAUCAUAUCAGUCACGUCGAGCUACUAUGAAUAGUGGAGUUUGUAUAAAGGGUGAAAUAUUUGGCACUGAUGAGAUGGAUUUUUAUGGCCGAUUGAUUGAGGUUUGUGUGUUAGAUUAUCCUAGUAUGCCAAUCAAAAGGACCACAUUAUUUAAAUGUGAAUGGUUUGAUCCAUCAACUUCUGGGACAGUGGUUCAUAAGGAUUUCAAAUUGGUUUCUAUAAACCACACGCGUAAGUAUAAUAAGUAUGAGCCAUUUGUCUUAGCAAAUCAAGCCACCCAAGUGUAUUAUUGCUCGUAUCCUAGCACGAAUCAGGUAAAAAAGGAUUGGUGGGAAGUGUGUAAGGUGAAAGCAAGGUCUAAGGUUGAACUUCCGAACCCGACAACAUCAACAAUAGAGCCACCGUUCCAAGAGGAUGAAAUGCUUGUGCCUUUGUUAGAUAUGAAUCUAGCAAUUGGUGAUGAUACUCCAAUACUUCAUCCAAAUGGUGGGAUGAUAGAUAUCAAUGAUGUUGAUGAAUACCCUUCGGAUGAAGAUAUAGUAUUUUCUGAUGAUGAAAAUAUUGAUAUAGAUGAUGAGUAA